AUGAACCAAUCAAACCCACCCCAAAGCUGUUCCUUUGACUCUAUUGACAUAAAUAUGGACAUUGUCCGGAUGGUGAUCUAUAUCCCAACCUUCAUCUUGGGACUGAUCCUCAACGUGCUGGCGAUGCGUGUCUUCUGGUCCUUGUGUAGGGAAAAUUCAGAUCAUUUGACCACCUACAUCUGCAUGAUCAACCUGGCUAUCUUUGACCUUCAGCUCCUGGUCUCCCUCCUUUUCAAGAUGGUCCUGGCUAAGAAGCCCACGACGAAUGUCCUGUGCACCAUUGCGGAAUGCCUCUAUUUCGUCAGCAUGUAUGGAAGUGUUUUCACAAUUGUUUUCAUCAGUUUUGAUAGAUAUAUUAGAAUAAAAUAUCCAUUUUGGGCACAUCAUUCCAGAACUCCCAAGAUGAGCGUGAUGGUAUGCUGCUGCAUUUGGGUUGUGGUUUGGGUUGGCAGCAUUCCCAUUUAUGAUUUUCAUCCAACUGGUAAUGUAAAAUGCUUCCACAAUAUGUCAAGGGGUUCGUGGGAAACCACUCCCAUUGUCUGCCUAGAAUUGUUUGGGUUCGUCAUCCCGUUGGCCGUUGUUUCUUAUUGCUCCUUCCAUAGCAUAGUUAUUCUUCUCCGAGACAAUACAGCGACCCAGAAAAGGGCCUGUAUUUGGACCAUCGUCAUCAACUUCAGUGUGUUUGUGGCUUCCUUCUUGCCGGUUCAUCUCGGGAUCUUCUUGCAGUUUCUGGUUAAAAGGGAUGUCAUCCAGGGCUGUAUGGCUAGGCAGGCCAUUAUUGUCUUCUUACAGCUGACGAUGUGCUUUGCCAAUGUCAAUUGCUGCCUCGAUGUUUUUUGCUACUACUUUGUGGCCAAAGAAUUCAUAAAGGGAGCUCAGGAUCAAGGAAGUUCAAUCUUUGUUAUGUCUCGUCACUUGUCAAGAAGACUCAGUGCCAGCCUCAUGACUGGGUCCCGUCAUAAAUGCACCAAGGGUAAAGAAUUGGCAGAGAAUGAGGAGGAAGAGGAGGAGCGUGGCUGA